GGUUGGGAUUUAAAGCUGCCACCGUCACCCCCCGAACCCCAAACCCCCCACCCCACCCACCCCACCCACGGCUGCCCACCUGCACCUGUCUGAGGUGGAGGAGGCGAGGUGAGGUGGAGGCGCGCUGGACCGGAGCCGCGGCGGCCGCGCGGACGGAUCACCAAGUUGAGGUGCCGGGAGAGACUGAGGCGGUUCUGAGGAGGAUGCUCGCGGCAAUCAGGGGCAAGGGGAGCGUGCUCGUGCAUUCUGGGAUUUAUUUUCUCAAAGUGAGAUAAGAGAACGGGUCAGACGAGGAGAUAUUGGCUGUGAAAGGAGAUACUGCGUGCGCCACGCUCGACAUAAAUGUGGCUGCAACAAAUAUGACUGCUGCCUCUGUCUGCUGCUGAACGCUGAGCGACGGCACCGACACACAAUUACGAGCCGUGGCUGAGUUCUGAUGUGUGAGUGAUUGUGUUUUUAUCAUUUUUUGGGGGGGAGGAGACGGGCGGGAUCUGAUCCAGGUGGCGCAUCUUUCGCCCUAGUGCGGCGCGUAAUGGAGAGAAAAGUUUCGGACUUUUCGCCGAGGAGACGCGCUCGCAGCAUCCCGCUUGUGAAUAACAUGUGAACACCCCCCUCCUCUCUCUCCUGUCUGGCCAAGUUUGGAAGUGGAUUUAUCAGCAUCGCAGCAUGACUUGAAACUCCCGCGGGGGGGUCCUAAUCACGCCGUUUAUAACGAUCCUUGACCCGAUUCGUCCGAAGACGCGCUGCAGACGGGCGUCCGCGACCCAGAGAGGGGAUUUCUGCAGCUCCGGCGGCAGAUCGACGCAGAGAAGAGAGAGCUGCUGCUGCCGGGUGUCUGGGAUGCUGAUGUGCACGCUGGGCCAGAGGUGCGUGAUGGAGGUCGUGCUGCUCACCGUCCUGUCCUGGGUGUCCGUGUGGGCGGAGGAGAAGAUCAUCUUUGACAGACACACUGUUUACUGGAACAGCUCCAAUCCCAAGUUCUGGCAUGGAGAGUACCGAGUGGCGGUGAACAUCAAUGACUAUCUAGACAUCUACUGUCCUUACUACGAGGGUCCUCCAUCCCACGGGCGCAUGGAGCGCUACAUCCUGUUCAUGGUCAAUCACGAGGGCUACACUUCCUGCCAGCACAGGAUGCGUGGCUCCAAGCGCUGGGAGUGCAACCGCCCCACCGGUCCUGACGGGCCCCUACGCUUCUCAGAGAAGUUCCAGCUCUUCACUCCCUUCUCCCUGGGCUUCGAGUUCAGACCUGGACACGAGUACUACUACAUCUCAUCUCCUCACCCGAACCACGUGGGGCGGGCGUGUUUAAAGCUGAAGGUGUAUGUCAGACCUCCAGAUGGAUCGGGAUACGACUCUCCGGAGCCCUUCCUGACAGACGGGGGCCCCGGCCCCGGCCCCGGGGCGGGGCGCGUGGCCUCGUUAGCAGCUCUGGUCCCGCUGUUCCUGGGAUUGCUCUUCUGGCCGUGACCUCCCCUCCUCCCUCCUCUCCCCUACUUCAUGGAGCUCCCAACCUGGGAUGAUGGGCUGGGCUGGCUGUCCCUCUAAAACCACCACAACCCCCCUACCCCCCCUCAGGGAAGCCCUCUAACUCCCGCUCCCCCUUUUACUCCCCACCUCCACCUCGAUACGACCACCCACCCCCAACCCCCACCCCCUCCCCCCUCUCCAACGCCGGCCCAUUUCAUAGCCCAGCCACGGACAUCCUCCCCCAGGCGUGGCUACGAGGGCUGGAUCGUCUCCGAUCUCUGAACUCUGGGUGGAACAGCACCUUUCAGCUGAAAAACACAAGAGAAAUGUCUCUGCACUGAUUUUGGGAGGGGAGGGGGGGUUUGGGGGUCCUCCCGCGAUUUGACUGUCGACCCCUCCGACAGCGAUGGGCUAGCGUAGCCGAGGCUAUGAUUAAACUUGUCGUUCCAGAGAAAUUCCCAUCAUCAAGUCCAAGCACUUCCCACAUUAGGCGCCAUGCAGGCCCGGGCACACAAAAAUUGGAUUCUGCUCACAUCGCCGUCCUCAAACCACGAAUUAGACGGCGUAAUUGGAAUUCUUUACUAUCUUCCUAGCUGCAACCGGAAUAAGAGCAGAUGCGGCGAGGAGAAAGGGAGAGAGAACCAGCCUGAGCCGCAGAUUCAGGGGGAAAAAACUCAAAUUGAAAACGAUAAUAAGGCAAUAGAAGAAAUGUAGGACUUGAGAUGACAUGUGUCUCCUAUUUGGGCCGUUGUAUAAAUAAAGCGUGAUUGAAUUGAAUCAGGACCGUAUAUAUCUUGAUAUCUUGGGACGCGGUGGAGAUUCACAGAUACGCGGUUCGUCUGUCAGGAAGUCCGACUCACAAGUAUAACAAACGACAAGUAUAACCAUAGCUGGAUUCA